ACUGCGAAGAGACCAAACCUCCAUUGCCCAUUGCUUCUUCUCCCCCACCCCCCACCAUCUCCUCCUCGAUCCCAAACUCUAACAAGAUUUCGCCUUUCCUCCUCUCAUCUUCUCCCCAAAUCCAAUUCCUCUCAAUCUCCGUGUCCCCGUCCCAAAUUUGGCUUCUUGAGUUUGAUUCCUUCGACCUGCUGCGUUCUUCCCCCUCCUGUUUCCCGCUGCUUCUUGAGUUCUAGACUCUGGAUGAGUUGAGGAACUCGCCCCUGUUCAACGCCUUUCCAUCCAAUUCCGAUAGCUCGCGCAGCAAGAUUCGGUUUCUGAGCCGGUGCGCGGAGGUCCGGGUCCGGAUUGCAUAGCCCGCUUCGAGGUUCUGCCGUUCUGGCAUCGGUGACCUAGUAUUGGUGGGCAUUCUGGUGGAGCGAUGGAGCAGGGGAAGAAUCAGCAGCACCCGCAGCAGCAGCAGCCGAAGCCGGCUGUUUUAGCCGCCGCGGGCGAGAUGAAGGCACCCGCGGUGGCUCCGCAGCAGCCCAAGCCGGCGGCCCCCGCGAUGCCGGUGCCUAGGCAGUGGCCGAUGGCUUUCAACCCGCCUUCCACUGAAGCGAAAAGUGUCACUCCAAAGAAAAAGAAGCAUUGUAAUUGUAGAAACUCAAAAUGUUUAAAGAUGUACUGUGAAUGCUUUCAAGAACAACAGUUCUGUGAUGGCUGCAACUGUUCAAAUUGUGGAAACAUUGUUGGGAACGAGAAAGCCAGACAGGAAGCUAUUAACGCAAUUGUUCAACGUAACCCACUUGCUUUUCAGCCUAAAAUUGAAAAUGGCCCAAGUACACACAAUGUUCGAAAGGAUAAUUCUGGAGCAGUGCCUCUUGUACCAAAGCACAAUAAAGGUUGCCACUGCAAGAAGUCAGGAUGCCUAAAGAAGUACUGUGAAUGCUACCAAGCAAAUGUUCUUUGCUCCAAGAAUUGUAGGUGCAUGGACUGUAAGAACUUUGAAGGAAGUGAAGAACGAAAAGCUUUAAUUCAAGGGGAUUAUGCAUCUGAUGGAAAUCAGAUUCAACAAGCAGCUAGUGUAGCACUUAAUGGCACCAUUGGAUCAUCAGGAUACAAUUGUUCUCCGGUGCGUAGAAAAAGAUCUCAUGAAGAUACCCUAGGUCCUAGGAUAAACAGUGAAGGAAGUAUGCCAGAGACACAAUUUCUACAGGGUAACCAUGCAGAUGUUUCAUUGCUUGCACCCUCUUCCACAGGAUUUGAUGGGCAUAAUGCUGCCAAUUCCCAAUCUAAAUCAUAUAACCCAAUCUACAGGUCUCCACUUGCAAACACCAUCCACCUUACUGAGGUCAAUGACCUAGUCACGCACAUGGUGACUGCAUGCAGAAUGGCUGCAGCGACCAUAGCUGAUAAUAAAGUGAAUGGGACUACAGUGGAGAAUCAAUUCCAUGUGAAUGGUGGUUUAAGCAAUGGUAACUGCAAACAGCAGGAACUGAAAGAAGCCUCCCAGAUGGACAUCCUCAGAAGAGGAUGUAGUGAUCAACCAAACAUUAAUGAAAUUGACUCCCAUUGGUCUGACACAGCUAAAGAUUCUAGGCCUGCAUCUCCAACAACGCAAGCACUAAUGUGUGAUGAGCAGGAGACUACAUUUGGAAACGAUUAUAGAUGUUCAUUUCCCUCGGUUUCCUGUGACCAAGAUAUUUCCGAGAUAAAUGCCGCACAAGAAAACCUAGUAUUGACUGGGUUGCGAGAGUAUCUUCGUGUGAUUAUCACACGUGGAAAAAUAAAAGAACACAAAUCCUCAUCAGAGGCAGCAAUGGAACCGGAUGGCCAACAACAUCACGGAGCAACACCUAUUGCGCCGAGAGAAGUUGGAGAAAACGCUCCUUCGAAUUGCGCUGAAACCCCUAGAACUGAUCAACAGCCGACCCAGAAUGCUGGAUCGGAAAGGUAAUAGUGGAAGUUAAGUAGGAUUAGGUACAGGAUCGAAACUGUGAAUUUGAAGAUCCCCGCGCUAUAAAUUGUUUCUGUACAUAGAUGCGCAGGACAGAUCGUAUAGUCCCCGUUGCUGUUUCUGGCAACCGGCAACAGUCAUUCUUGAGGUGUAGCAAGCAAAAAGAAAAAUAAUGUCAGCUACACGCUGAUGUAAUAAUAAUUUAAUAAAUUCUGAUCCAUUGUUUGAUGUGU